AUGAUAAUCACCGUAAAGAACCUUCAACAGCAAACUUUUACCAUAGAGUUUGAUCAGAGUAAAACUGUUUUGGAACUAAAGAAGAAGAUAUACGAAGAGCGCGGUGCCGAGUAUAUUGCUGAAAAGCAAAAACUUAUUUAUGCCGGUGUCAUACUGAUUGAUGAACGCACUAUUGAAUCUUACGAUGUGGACGAAAAAAAGUUUAUUGUUGUGAUGCUUACGCGAGAUGCAUCAGCUCGACCAGCGGAAACUGACACCACAAACAAAGUUCUUAAAGACUCAGAGCUUGCAACAGCGGGAAAUAUUGAAAAAUCUGAAACUAAAUAUACUGAAGAUUUGCAAAGUACGGAAGCGGCCCCUGUUGCCGAUGCAGCUCCCCCUCCAAGGCCAAUUUCCAAUUCUGAUUUAAUUGGGGAAUUGGCAAAUGCAUCUUUGCAAUCACGUGCCGAAUCGAAUUUAAUUAUGGGCGAUGAAUAUAAUCAAACUGUUCUAUCCAUGGUCGAAAUGGGCUAUCCACGAGAGCAAGUGGAACGUGCUAUGGCUGCCAGCUUUAAUAAUCCAGAACGUGCCGUGGAAUACCUUAUAAAUGGCAUACCUGCCGAGGACGAUGAAGCGAUAAACCCAAGUUUGAUUCAACUUUCGGGUCAUAGCAAUAACUCGGCAGCAUCUACAGCCGAACGUCCAACGGAGUUGAUUUCAGAUCCGUUUGAAUUUUUACGCAGCCAGCCACAAUUUCUUCAAAUGCGAUCAUUAAUUUAUCAGAAUCCCCAUCUUUUGCAUGCGGUUUUACAGCAGAUUGGUCAGACAAAUCCAGCCCUCUUGCAACUUAUAUCGGAGAAUCAGGAUGCGUUCCUCAAUAUGCUAAAUCAACCGAUUGAUGGCGAAGCAGACUCUGGUUCUGGCGACACUGUUUCUCGCACUCGUGAUCCCGCCCAGAUUGCAAAUAUAUUUGCAUCUUCAGACGCGCAAGAAGCAGGAAGAGGAACCUUGGCUGUUGGAGGAAAUACCACCGAUUCAACGGAGAACUUAGACUUAGAACAACAGCCACCAGGAGUUGGAGUUGCAACCAUUCGCUUAAAUCCUCAAGAUCAGGGCGCCAUAGAAAGACUAAAAGCCCUUGGAUUCCCAGAGGCACUUGUAUUGCAAGCAUACUUCGCGUGUGAAAAGGAUGAAGAACUAGCUGCAAAUUUCUUACUUUCAUCUAGCUUUGAUGAUUAAGUUUUCGAAAAAAUGAAAAACAAAAUGACAAAAAUACACAGCAUACAGAAGAAAUCGUUACGAAUAAAAUUAUAGAUUAUUUAAACUGAAAAUGUA